AUGGCGGCGACCAAGACUGUUCAACAUCACCUGGAUCUUCACGUCCAUGGGGAAGACACACUCGCAUUUGAGUCGCUCGCAGUAUGGGACAUGCCUGGCGACAGGGUUAUGGAACUGUACAGGUGGCUCAACGACACCCGCUCGAAGACAACUAUGGGAGUUUUUCUUUGUGGAUCACGCAUACAAGCUCCGUACGAAGUGGAAUCUGAAUCUGAAGAUCUUCUCGAGGGGUUGACCACAUUUGCACUUGCCACGGACUUCAAAAUCACGUUGAUACACAAGCUGCGGCUACGCUGGCUGGCCUUCGUCUGCAAUGACACUACGCCAUGGUCGUCUCCGGAUAUCAGCGCAUCAUGGAUUGUUUCCCUGGUUUCUCGACAACGGAUCUCGAGGAUCACCUUCGAUUUCUUCAAUGGGACGUGCGGGCCGCUCUCCAAGAGCAGCGAUGACUAUACUACAUCCCCCCUCAUAGACAUGUUCACAUACAUACCAGAAUUUGCAUGCCGGGAGCCAGAGGUAGUCAAAGGAGAUAUUCCUAACAGUCUGGUAUACGGCACGUUGCCUGUGUCAGACGCAUUCAUACGAGAUCUUCUCCGCAGACUGGAGGACGAGCUGGGUCGUAAAGGCUGGUCCUCACGUGGAACCCUCACGCUGCUGCCUUAUACUAAACGGAUGAUUCCUGGAAUAGAGUUCUAUAGGAAGGUUCCUCGGUUUUAUACAAAGCCUUCGGAGCUAGAUUUCUGUAAAGGUAUUGUGCGAUAA